AAUCCCUCAAAUUGCUUCGAUUUCGGAGAUAUCAUUUUCUAACCCGGUCACUAUCUAUAAGUAAAAAAAAGAAAGAAAACACGUAGAAAGGAAUUUAAACUUCCUCGUUCUGACAGCGGAUUUUAGUCUCUAGCAUCAGAUUGAAAAAAAGGAAAAAAAAAAAAACCAGCGUACUUAGUACUUCAAACAUCCCGGAAGAGAAAUGGAUUUCCUGGGGUAUAAAUGUCAGUAGUCAGGAAAAAAAAAAUAAGGUAUAACUAGUAUAAUUUACAGUACCUUACUACGAUGGGUGGACUCUCUGAAAUAUUACAACUGACACUUUUAGUAAUUUGCAUUUUAUCUUCCUAUUUAUCAUCAACAACUUCGGAAGAUCAAAGUACUUUUUCUUCCUCAUCAGAACAUUCAUCGUCACUUUUUUCGUCAUCAAUAAAAAAUGAUUUAACUACUUCAUCAACUAAUGUACCAACAACAACAACAGAGAUAUCUACCAAAGGCGAAGACCAAAAUAGCUUAGCGACAAAUGCUAGAACAAUGCAAACAUCAGAAACUACAACAAUAGAACCAAUUACAACACAAGAACAAACAACAGAAAAAGUCACGAUGAGCACGAACAUUGAUAUGAAAAACAACACUGCAAAGUUGGAUGUUUCAUCAAUAGCAAGUACAUCUUUAACUUCGGGAACAUCAUCAAAAACAUUUUCAACUUCGACAACAUCAUCAACAACACAAAAUACUACAACACCACCAGCUACAACUGCCCCGACAACAAAGUCAAAAACAUCAGAAAGUAUUUCUACAGAAAUAUCACCAAAUAUGACGUCAGUAGAAUCAACAAUAACUUUGACUUCAGUAGGAUCAACUUCAACUAUGACACUUUCAGAAUCAUCAUCGCCAACUACGACGUCAGAAGAAUCACAAUCAACUAAGACACCAACAGAAUCAUCAACUAUGGAACCUACAACAUCCUCACCAGCUAUUACAACAAAUUCAUCAACUAUGAAACUGACAGAUUCCUCAUCAGCUAUUACAACAAAUUCAUCAACUAUGAAAUUGACAGAAUCCUCAUCAGCUAUGACAACAGAAUCAUCAACAACUUUAAAAACAACGGAAUCACAAGCAACUACAAUAUCAACAAAAUCAUCAACACUAGAAGUUACGAAAUCGCCAACCACAUUAGCGUCAUCCUCAAAAGAGGGGACAACAGACUUGACUACCAACCGCUAUAUCAAUGAAAUUGAUAGCCUUUACUCAAAUAUAUCAGAACUGAAUGGCAGAAUUACAUCACUGAGAGCAGCGGUUGCAGUGCUGAGUGUGAUUUUAGCAAUGGUUGUGGUCGCAUGUAUUCUUUACUUUAUAAGACAAAGAAUGCGUCCUGUAAAAUCUCCAUUUGAAGAAAUGCAUGGAGAAAAAGUUGACGUGGAGCGUUCGAAAGAAGAGGUGACCAGAAGACCAUACUUCAAUAUUGCACACAAUCCUUACAGAGAAAGCACAGCGUCUUUGGGGGAUGAGAGUAUCCCUGCGUCUUACUCUGCAACCUUUAAACCUCAAGAAAACGCAGAAGCGAGAGCCAAUGCUUCACAAGGGAUAGUCAUGGAAGAAAUACCCCUUAAUGAUAGCCUUAACAAUAGUUUUGCCUCACCAGUUAUUCAAAAUCAAGAUAUGGUCGCCCGGGACAGUAAACUCUCCUCACAGUCUAUUGAGUUGAUGUUCUGUCAUCCAAUAGUCAUUGCCUUGUUUAUGGCGAAUACACCACACUCAGGCAUCGUGGAAAUGGCAAGAUUAUUCUUUACAUACUUGAGCAUGUCUUUUGUAAGUACAAUCAUGGCUUCGACAUCUCCAGAACCAACAACUGUCCUAAUGAUGAGUUCAGAAACAGAUGAAUCACCAUUCAAUACAUCAGGGAUGUUUACAACAACUACAAGAGCAGCGUCUGCUGAAACAGAAUCAACACCAUCUUCUUCAACAUUAAGUCCUAUAUCAGAAGCCAUCACAGACUUUUUAACUUCAAUCAAUACAAAAACUACAUUAUCAACAACAUCUGAAAAGAGCAGUGAUAUGCCAACAGUUACAGACAUUCAAACAACAGUCAACAGUACUAAUACAAAAGAGAAAAGUCGCUCUUCUAUUUCUACUCAAGAAUCAACUAGUCGUACAUUCUCAUCAACAACUUCAAAAAAUCCCUCAACUACUUUGCAAGUAGAUACCGCCACUUCGAAAUCCAUGGGGUCAUCGACAAUUAAUCUUUUAGAGGGACAGAUAAACAAACUGAAAAACCAGAUUGCAGAUCUGGAUGAAGAAAAAAGAUAUCUUUUGAUAGCUGUGAUUGCUCUGGGAUCCGUUCUAUGCAUCUUGUUGCUUCUUAUUUUAGUGGUUUGUGUAAGAAAACGCAGGAAUAGAUUGAGAACUCCAUAUGAACAGUUUGAGAUUGAUGUAGUGGGCGGUCCGUAUAUGACACGAGAGCCGGUUAUAAAACAAGAAGCCAUUUUCAGGCCAAGCACUGCAUCAUUAGGGGAUGGUCCACCACAGGAUAACCAAAGGUUGGAGACAUUCUCCCGUGCAGAAGAAAACAAACAGCGUCUGAGUAUGUUACAAAUGAUUAAAGACGGAUUGGCCACCUCUGACCGCUACACUUCUAAUCCGGAAGUUCUUGCUGACGUCACAGUAAUCCAAAACAUGGAUGAGGGUACGAAGCAAAAUACAGAUCCAGCAAAUCCUGGAGGACAUCAUGAUAGUAAAAAUACCACACAAAAUAAAGAUUCAGUCAAUCCUGAUGGAAACCAUAUAAGUAGAAAUACAGAAACAUUUGCACAGAAAGGUGGUGAAGGUGGACAACUUGCUGUAGAGUCAUUGGAUAAAAAGAAAGAACCCGAGGCACCUGUUGAACUUCUAAUUGAUAUUAGUGAGGACAAGCCAUCAACACAACUUAAUGAAUCUUCUCAACAUACGAAUGAAAACUUUCCUCCUCCUCCUCCACCACCACCACCACCAGCACCAGUAGCGCCACCAGCACCAGUACCGCCACCAGCACCAUCACCACCACCAGCGCCGUCACCCCAAGAAAUGAAAUAAUCGGGAUCAUAUGUACAUGAUGUACAACAUAAAGCAUAGUUCAGUGGAGAGAACAAUUCCAAUACAAAAAAAUUGUGAUGGACCCCAAAUUGAAAGCACGGAUAUUGUCGAUAAAUAAUGUCAGUUACAAGAUGAAAUGUCAAAGUCAUAAGAAGCAGGUGUGUGGAAUAAUGAACUGAGAAUGAAAUUUAACCUACGUCACUAAAGGUUUUCAAAAUGUUUUGAGGAAAACACUCAUGUAUACUUUGCAUUAUUCAGCAUAUAUUUUUGUAAGACUAUAUUUCAUAGGUUUUUCAUAUUGCAACAGUGAUAUGUACAUAUACUGCACUUCUUAUUCCUUUCCAAUAAUCCAAUUUCUCAUUAUCUGGCUUACAUUAAUUACAUCCCUCCAGAACUAAUUGUUUGCUGCAAUAACCAGAAAUGAAGUGUUCCUUCCUGCAAUGUUAUUCUUUUAACAGGAAGGAUCUAGAGUUAUAUACAAUAGGUUUUUAGCACUAACUGGAAGAUAAAACUAUAUUUGAAAGAAGGAUUUUUAUUUUUCGUGAACAACACAUAAAAUGAGGUCAUACCAACCUUUAUAUGCUGUAUUCUAAAUGCAUCUGCCCACCCCGAAAUCCGCAAAUUCUUAAGAAUACAGCAGGUAUGAAGAUACCAUUCACACAGCAAUAUGGAAAUCACAUAAUUUUUUAAAGAAAUUUAGGAAAACUAUAUUUAAAGGAGACACAUUAGUCUCAAACAAGUUUACCACAUCGUUUUAUCGCCUUAAUGAAAUACAUUAAAACAAGCUUAUCAUGAUGUGCCUAGUACAAACAAUCGUUAUCUUAAAUAUUUUAUUGAAAAAAAUUCU